CAGAUGACUAUCGAUUCUGAAACAUUUAUGAACAAAAACAGCACAACAAACAUUCCUCAAAUUGUCCUUCAAGGAUUCACAGGAAUUCCUGCUGAAUAUUAUGGAUUGGUAGGAACCUUUUUUUUAUUCAUUUAUCUGAUGUUGGCAUUUGGGAACAUUUUUAUCCUUGUAUUUGUGGCAUGUGAAAAAAGUCUUCAGAAGCCAACAUACAUCAUCUUCUGUAACCUUGCAAUAUCAGAUCUUGGAUUUGGAACUACAACUCUGCCGAGAAUCAUGGCUAAUUACUGGAUAUCAGAAAUCAUUUCAUUCACUGGUUGUUUUACACAAGUGUACUUUGUCCAUUAUUUUGGGACUUGCACUUCAUUCCUUAUGGCAUUAAUGGCCCUUGAUCGAUUUGUUGCCAUAUGCAACCCACUGAGAUACCCAGUCCUGGUUAAUAAUUCCAUGAUUGUAAUUCUUUGUUCAGUGCUUUGGCUGGGAAACCUUAUCCUUCUUGGUGCACUUACUGCACAUGCACUUACUGUGCCUUACUGUGGUCCAAAUAUUGUACAUAACUGCUACUGUGAUCAUAUUUCAAUAACUAACCUAGCAUGUGCAGACAUAACACCCAUAAGAGCCACCAGCACUUCGAUUGCUAUGACAGUACUGUGGGGUCCUUUAUUUUAUAUUAUAUUUUCUUAUGUGGCCAUUAUUAUUUCAGUAAUGAAAAUAUCAAAUAAAGAGGGACGAUACAAAACCUUUUUAACAUGUACUCCACAGCUUUUAAUCAUCUGCCUGUACUAUAUCCCUAGAAGUUUUGUGUAUAUUACAUCUACUAUUGGAUUUUAUUUUGAAACAAACCUCCGAAUUGCAAUGAUAAUGAUAUACAGUCUUUUCCCUGCCCUUUUCAAUCCAAUCAUAUACUGCUUUAGAACAAAAGAAAUUAAGGACACCUUAAUGAAAAAAUUUUGA